AAACAAAAAAAAAAAACAAGAAGCUACUGAGAAGGUCAGAAUAGUAUUAUUACUGAAUAAAACAGAAAAAAAAUAUUAAAAUGUAUUGUUGUAACCAUUUAUUUAAUUUUCUGUUCAGGAUGUGUACAUUUCUGUUGUUGCUGUGUUUGGUGGGGUCUAUCUCCACUCAAGAGUCUGGUAAGUUGAAAAGAAAACUGAGAUAAUAUUAUACGUUAUACGGUUUUGUAUUAUUAUUAUUAUUAUUAUUACUACCAUUUAGCUGAUACUUGACUUAUAAUUUGCCUUCAGGUGAUAAUGGUCAGGAAGACUAUGAAAUCCAAAACAAUAUAGAACCUUCCACUCUAAGUCAAGACACAUCUGAAGAUCAUCUGGAAGAUGUUCUGAUAUCUGAUAAAGGCACAGUUUCCAAAAUAUGUCCUGAGGGUGAUAACUGUAAAUUUUACAAAUUCUUUUACCAUCAUCGUAAUUUUCAUACAGCUCAGGUUGGUGCUUGCUGGUUUUCAUAUGUUUUUUUUUUAUUUGUAUCUAUAUAUAAUGCAAGUUUUAUAAUACACACAAUGUGUGAAUAAGAGCAUGUAGUCCACCAAACUAUCACCACAAUAAUCAGUCUUUACCAGCAUGAUAGCAGUGGAUUACAAUUCUGACUAUAGUUAGCUAAUCAAAAGACAACAAAAUUUAUGCAGUGGGAACUUUUCUUUUGGUCACUGACAGAAAACAUCUUCCAUUCUGACUUAUUUACAUGUAUAAGAUAUGAAAGUUCAGGCUGGAGAAAAAUUGAGAAACCAUAGUGCAAUACUGAUUGUGAAUAACAAAUACACUUUAAUUGUCACACUUACAAGGUAAAAAAUUAUAAAAUACGUUCUCAUGAUCCCCAGUCCAGGUCCAACAAUAUAUUGAUGAGCCUGAACUUUCAGUCAUUCUGUGAGUGCAACCUUUAACUCUCGGGGUGAUCUAAUAUUACGUUACUACCCUAUAAGUACUUUCUCUAUUUUAUAUUUUUAGGUAUAUUUUGUUUUUCUAGUUUUGUAUGAGGAUUGAGAGGAGUCCUUUGGGUAUAUUGUGCCGCUUAUAAAGGGGGUGAUUACCUUUUCAUUGAUUUUGCACUUCUGCACCUGGGUGGUCUAUACAUCUGUUUGUUCAUAUUGACUUAUUUACAUGACAGUUCUACUUUGCAGCUGCUGGAAUGUCUGAAGUUGUCUGUGAUUGGCUCAGGAUGAGCUAUAAUCAUAGACGUGUAUAGAAAAUAUUACUUAGCUUUGUCAAAUUUCUUCUGAUGAUACCUACAUGAAAACAAUUGCAAUUAUUACUCUUUUAUUUAUAAACAUUUGUGCCUGGCAAAUAACUUUUGAAAAUAAUGAAUUUGAUGUCUGCGGUUUAAGGGUACAUCCUUAAUUCAGUUAACAAUAUUCAUGCACUAAUUUUAGAUAUACCAUACAAGGGGGGUCUAUUUAAGUAGUGCCUAAAAGUUUGAAGGCAAAAAAAAAAUAAAGUUGUACUUGGAGUUGCAUCUUUGGAUAUAAUGUGUGACUCUUCUUGCUCAAUUCACUGAAUUCUAAUUCUUGGUUUGUCUUUAUCUACAUUGUGUUCCACAGGGAAUCUGUAGACACUUUGGUGGGAAUCUCUGUUCAAUUCACAGCACACGGGCCAACAGACAGAUUUCGAAUUUCGUGAGGAGAGCACAUAAAGGUGUGACAUUGGUCUGGAUUGGUGUGAGGAAC